AAGACCAGACACCUGCCGUGAAUAGUAGCUUACGAGUGUUACAAGUAGUUGCAACAAGUGUGGAGCUAUGAUAACCAUAAGAAGCAUUUGGUAGUCCUAUAAUUAACAUCCUUAACUUCAGUAGAGCUCAAUUAAAAGUAAAGUCCUGUCUUUUAUUUACAUGAUUACCUAAAAUCUUUCAUAAAUUAAUUAAAUUAAAGUAAAAGGAAAGAGAUGCAACUGCUAAUGUGACUGUGCCUCUUAGAUGCCAUAAACAACUCAUAAUUUCCACCCUUUAUAAAUUUCUUAUCAACACCUCUUUCCCACCACACAGACCCUUCAAUAAUUUGUUCUUUUUUUCCCUUUUCUCUCUCUUCCCUUUACAUUUUUCAUCAUUUUUGUGAAUGCCCACCAAGUGUUUGCUGUUUUGCCUCAGAGAAAAAAAUUCAAUCAUCCUGAAACAAAACAAGCAGAAAACUGUUGUAAUAAUCUGGUGAAAAUGGUGGCUGAAAGGCCAAAAAUUGUGAUAAUUGGAGCAGGAAUGGCAGGUAUAACAGCAGCCCAUAAGCUGUAUACAGCAUCAGGGGGAAAAGAUGCAUUUGAUUUGUGUAUAGUUGAAGGUGGGCAGAGAAUUGGGGGUAGAAUUAACACUAGAGAAUUUGGGGGUGAUAGAAUUGAGAUGGGUGCUACUUGGAUUCAUGGGAUUUGUGGGAGUCCAGUUUAUGAAAUUGCUCAAAAGAUUAAAUCUUUAGAGUCUGAGAAACCAUGGGAAUGUAUGGGUGAUUUGUUUGAGGAGAAAAGAUCAGUAACUGAGACUAGAGCUGAAGGUGGGUUUGUGGUAAAUCCUGAUAUUGUUGAUCCAAUUUCAUCACUUUUUGAUAGGUUAAUGAGUGUUGCUCAAUGCAAAGCUGAAAAGGGUGAUCUGGGUGGGAUUCAGGUGAGCAGCAUUGGUGAAUUUCUGAAGCUUGGGCUGCAGCAGUACUGGGAUUCAAAGUCCGAUAAAUCCGAAAAUAUUGAGGAGGUUAAGGUUUGUGGGAAUUGGAGCAGGAAAAUGCUGGAAGAGGCUAUUUUUGCUGUUUGUGAGAAUACCCAGAGAACAUAUACUGGUGCUGGUGAUCUGUUUAAUCUUGAUUAUGCUGCAGAAAGCGAGUACCGGAUGUUUUCUGGGGACGAGAUCACGAUCCCUCGAGGUUAUAUUACCAUUGUUGAGUACUUGGCCUCAGUUUUACCCCCUGGUAUGAUUCAAUUAGGUAGGAAAGUUGUCAAGAUUGAAUGGCUAGGAUCUGAAAAUGAUGAUCUUAGUGGUAAUAUCAGUAGUAAACCUGUGAAAUUGCAUUUUUCUGAUGGUUCAAUUAUGCAAGCAGAUCAUGUCAUUGUCACAGUUUCACUGGGUAUACUAAAAGCUGGAGUCAGUGAAGAAUCUGGUGCAGGGUUGUUUAGUCCACCACUGCCUUUUGUCAAAAAAGAAGCAAUUUUGAGACUUGGGUAUGGUGUGGUCAACAAGUUGUUCUUACAAUUAAGUCCAUCAGAAAGUCAAGAAGAUUGCAAUCUUUGUAAGAUGCCCUUCUUGAAAAUGGUGUUUCAUAGGCCAGAUUCCGAGUUUCGGCAUAAGAAAAUUCCAUGGUGGAUGAGAAAAACAUCUUCCAUUUACCCAAUUUACAACAAUUCUAGUGUGUUGAUUUCCUGGUUUGCAGGGAAAGAAGCUCUAGAGCUUGAGUCUCUCAAUGAUGAGGCCGUUAUCGAUGGUGUUUCGACAACGAUUUCGAGUUUUAUCUCAAAUCCUAAUCAAUUCCAUGAAGAAUGCAAUGGCAAUAUGGAGUUUAAGGAUUCAGAGUUUGAGUUCAGAGAAGUAUUGAAGAGCAAAUGGGGUACAGACCCCUUGUUCUUAGGGUCAUACAGUUAUGUUGCAGUGGGAUCUAGUGGUGAUGAUUUCGAUACACUGGCUCAACCAUUGCCAAGAGCCGAGAACCGUGGCUCUACGACCGGUUCGCCACCUCUACAAGUCCUCUUUGCUGGGGAAGCAACACAUAGAACCCAUUACUCCACAACACAUGGUGCUUAUUUCAGUGGUGUGAGGGAAGCUAGUAGGCUUCUUCAGCACUACCAAUUGGUCAAACAUAUUACCGACAUUCAGUAAAUUGUCCUAAAAAAUUACAACUUUGGCUAUGUUGCAACAAAAUAGAGAGAAUCAAUCUACUUCAUUGCUAUUUUCUUGUUUGAUUAUUCUAGUGGUUUAUAGAUUUUGUACAACACUAUGUUGGUUUGAACAAUUAGACAGCUUAGGUAAUCAUCUUUAAUUAUCGCCCCGGUCGGCGGGUUUGUCUCCCUCCUAUUGGACAGUUACUUCUGUUCAUUGUUACUUAGGACUCUCUAAAUUGGUAAGAGAUCAUGCAAGAUAUUAGUCAUGAAAAAGAGAGGUUGGGACAGCUUUUUUAGAUGUACUAGUAGAUGAACAAAAGAAGCUUCUUUUGAAUUUUUAUAGAUUGUUUUUGUUGCUGAGUUGAGUUACUUUAAUUUGUGCAACUUUGUGUUAUUUAGUCUCUUGCUCUUUUAUGUAUAGCUGGAUAUGAUUGUAUUUGGAGCACUGGAUUUACUUAAUGAUGAAGCAGAAACUUGCUGCACUUUAUA